AUGGCUGAACACCUCAACGUUCUGAUUUCGACCUUCAACGGUCUCGGUCUUCCGCCGACCUUGGUCCUGCGCACGGCUCCAUCCACCACAGUGACCUCUCUACGAGAGCAGAUCGAUGGCAAACUUCCUCCCGGCGCCACCGAAUCAAAGUUCAUCAUCACAACAACCUCAAACAGACAGCUGCCCCAGUCCUCAGAGGCACCCAUCUCCACCUAUCUCGCAUCAGACGAAGAUGAAUUCCUCUCUCUGCGCCUCGCCAUCCCCCUCUGCGGUGGCAAGGGAGGUUUCGGGUCCCAGCUCCGAGCGGCCGGUGGUCGCAUGUCGUCGCGCAAGAAGCAGAAGCAAGACGAUGGCGGCUCAAGCAGAAAUCUCGAUGGCCGACGACUGCGCACCGUCAAUGAGGCCAAGGCCCUCGCCGAGUACCUUGCUAUCAAGCCGGAGAUGGAGAAGAAGGAAAAGGAGAGGCGGCGCCAGCGAUGGGAAGAGAUUGUCGAAAUGGCGGAGAGGAGGGAGGCAGAGAUCAAGUCUGGCGGCAGAGGAAAGCUUGACGGCAAAUGGGUUGAAGACAAGGAGGAGAGCAACGAGCGGACCCGCGAUGCGGUUCUGGCUGUCAUGAAGUCGGGCAACUACAAAGACAACCUGUUCAGCACUUCGCAGGGCUCGGCGUCAAGCGAACAAAGUAACGGUCAAUCUGCGAGUGAAGGAGAAGAUUCAGAGAGCUCAAAGGAGUCACCGCCCCCAGCUUCAGAGGCUGCUGGUCCAUCAAAGGCCAAGCCGAAGACAUUCUUUGGUUUCGAUGAAGACGACGAGUUUAUGAGUUCCGAUUCGGAGGAUGAAGGCAAGAAGAAGUGA